AUGCCCCGGGGACUUCCGGCGUGUGCCGGAAGCGGCGGUCGCCGUGGCAACCGGCGCGCCGGAAGGGCCCGUCGCCGGGGCGACCGCCGUCGCUCGCCUUCAUUGCCCACCGCGCCGCCGUCCCACAAGCACCGCGCCUUUGACACGAUGUGUGCCUCCAUGAAAAGGGUGAACGCAUUUGCACGACUCAGGCCAUCGGCUGACUUCUCACAAGAUAUGAUCAAGCUUGGGGCGGACAAUCAGACGAUCAAUUUCUACAUUGAGAGAGACCGUUCAAAGGGGGUCGUCAACAACAAACAGACAGACUGGUCUUUUAAACUGGAUGGCAUCCUUCACCACGCGGCACAAGAGCUGGUUUACGACACGGUAGCCAGAGACCUGGUCUCCCAAGCUCUCAAUGGAUAUAAUGGUACUAUCAUAUGCUAUGGGCAAACAGGAGCUGGAAAGACUUACACUAUGACGGGCACAACACAGGACUAUGAGCACCGAGGAAUCAUCCCCCGAGCUAUUCAACAGGUGUUCAAGGCCAUAGAGGAGCACUCCAGUCAGUUCAUGACCAUCCGAGUGUCUUACAUGGAGAUCCACAACGAGACCAUCUUCGACCUCUUGUCCUCGACUCCCCAUGCUCCUGGGGCUCCGAUGUCUGUCGUGGAAGGCCCCCAGGGGGUGUCUGUGAAAGGGCUGACCGUGCACGCCUGUCCCAGCGAAGAAAUGGCUUUGAACUUUUUGUUCGAGGGUGACACCAACAGAACCGUCGGCCAGCAUGCUCUGAACAGCCACUCCUCUCGGUCCCACUGCAUCUUCACUGUUUACAUUGAGUGUCAUUCCAGAAUCAUGUCAGACGCCACCUUCGUCACCUCCAAAAUUAACCUAGUAGAUCUGGCGGGCUCGGAGAGGUUGGCCAAGAGCAAGUCGGAGGGUCGCGGACUGAAGGAGACGACCUACAUCAACAAGUCGCUGUCGUUCUUUGAGCAAGUCGUCCUCGCGUUGUCUGAGCGUAACAGGGAGCACGUCCCCUUCCGGCAGAGCAAGCUCACCUACACCCUGAAGGACUCCUUAGGUGGAAACUGCAAUACGGUCCUGGUGGCCAAUAUCUGCAGCGAGGCCGUUCACAUUGUGGAGACGCUCUCGACGCUUCGUUUCGCCACCAGAAUGAAGUGGGUGACCACUGCGCCAGUCGUGAAUGAAAAAUACGACACGGAGCGCCUGCUGAAAAAUGUCGAAAAAGAGGUCCUCUAUCUGAAGGAGGAGCUGGCGGUGCACAACAGCCUGCUGAAUCGCCCACCAGUGACUUAUGAGCCCCUGAAUGAAAUCCAGGUGGCAGAGAUCAACUCUCAAGUCCGUCGGUUCCUGGAAGGAACCAUAGAUGAGCUCGACAUUGUGAGCCUCAGACAAAUCCAUGAAAUCUUUAACCAGUUCAAAACCAUCUUGAGCCAACAGGAGCAGGAGGUGGAAGCCAGGCUGAGGAGCAAGUACACCCUGAUCGACAAAAACGACUUUGCCACUCUGUCUGCGGUCCAGAAGGCAGGAUUAGUUGACGCUGACGGCCACAUGGUUGGUGAGGUUGACGGGCAAGGAUUCGGCAUCGGAGUUGCUCCUUUCUCAUCCAAGCCCGGAGGGAAGAGAGCGAAAAUGAAGAAAGGCAAAGAGCAGCCCAGCACCACUCCACGGAAGGAAGGCCUUGCCAGCCCCGUUUCCGGGAAGGAGCUGGAUUCCAUUUCCGCCUCACGCAGCCAGGGGUUCAGCAAGGAGCAGGAGACGAAGGAGGCCCAAGAUGUUCUCAGCGUGGAGACGCAUCGCUCCGAAUCUGUGCCUAAAGAUGAUACUGCAGCCCAGCCCAGCUGCCCGCCAGCCAGGACGGCAGCCUUCGAGGACUUCAAGAACGAGCGCGGCAGUGAGAUCAACCGGAUCUUUAAGGAGAACAAGGCCAUCCUGAACGACCGCAAGAAGAAGAUGAGCGCGGUCACGCAGAGGAUUAAUGUUCUCAAGCAGGAGAUAGACACCACCAAGCAGGUCCUGGAGGCCCAGAAACUGGAGCGGGAGCAGCAAGGAGAAUACCUGAAUGAGGAAGGCCAAGUCAUCAUCGAAGAAGAGGAAUUCCUGCUGCUGGUGAAGCUGAAGGACCUGCGGAAGCAGUACCGGGCUGACUUCAGCGAGUUCCGAGACCUCCAGUCCGAAGUCCAGUACUGCCAGCACUUGGUGGACCAGUGCCGUAGGAAGCUGCUCACAGAGUUUGAAAUCUGGUACAACGAGUCUUUCCUCAUCCCGGAGGAGGUCCAAGAGGCGCUGAAGCCCGGCAGCGGCGCUCUCAGGCUCGGCAUGAUUCCGAUCAACAGAGUCCUGACGCUGGAUGAAGACGAGCAGGAGAGGUUCGACCGGAUGCAGCAGGAAGUGCUGCCCUACUGCCCAGAUUCCGUCUCCUUCUAUAAUGCUAAAGCAAAGACUGACCGCAAGCACAAGUAUUCCCGAGCCAUGACCGCCCUGGAGCAGAUGAGGAAGAAGCCCUUCGGUAUCCAACCCGUGGUGAAGAACAAGCCCCCCUCGAUGCUCGAGAUCACGUAGCCGGGCCAGGAGGGCCUCCCGCCUUAUUCUCUGGGCAGGGGAACGUAAAGCAACCGACUUCCAAAUGUGACUCAAAAUGCCUUUAUUUUCAGGAAGGGCACACACAGCUCAAUAAAUCUCUGGAGGAUUCUGUUGAUUAACGCUUUAUGCUUGGGCGCGAAUCGCAUCUCAUCUCAUCCAUUGGUAUCAGUUAAGGGCAGGGCUUUUUUGGUAGAAAAAGCCCAGCAGGACCUCAUU